AUGGAUCUCCCCGAUCGAUUGAAAGGCGGCGAUAACAGCGACGAGGAGGAAGAUCUUGUCCCCGCCCAAGGUCCGAACAUGUUCACGCACAUGAACCAAAGCAUAUUCGGUCUCAUCGCCGCCGCCGGAUCUCGUGUCAACUUCCACGAUAGGUUCGAAGGCCAAUCGAGCGACGAGGAGGACGAUGCAGACGACGAUCCGAGUCGUCUAACGGCCACUCCGCGCCAUCACAGUGACCGUUCUGACCCCCUUGGCCGUCGUGAUUCUCGCCACCGCUCCCGUCCCGACGACACACAACCCUCCGCCUCCAAAUCUGCCAUCCUUGAUGCUCUGAAGCCGCAUAGACGUUCCUCCAUCAGUCGUUCCAAACAAAAGCUCGCCCGCACUCUGGCCGCUCUUCCUCGCUUGUCCGAGAAGAUAGGCGGGCUGUCGAGGCGGUCCAGCCAACGCGAGUCCCCUUCCGACGACAUGAACGAAUCGUUCCAUUCCGACGCCCAAAUAUCAUCGUCCUCCGCCACCUCCAACCGUGGUGACCUCGCACCGAGGCUGGCUCCCGUCAUGAGCAGGAUGCUCGAGGCCCGCGCCGAUGCGACAUUACGCCCUAGCUUCGAUCGUGACCGUCGCCCGACGGACGACGAAUUAACCAGCGCUUUUGACAUGGGCGCCGAACCCGGACCCAGUCCUUUGGCCGUCCGCCUUGCUCAGAUUUUCGAGUUUUCUGAGCCCGAGGAGGUCAUCGAAGAAUACCCGUGUUGGCUCCUACAGACCGUCUUAUUGCAAGGCUACAUGUACAUCACGGCGAGACACGUCUGCUUCUAUGCCUACCUUCCAAAGAAGGCUAACGAAGUCGUAAAGUCAGGAUACCUCUCCAAAAGCGGCAAACGCAACCCGACAUAUAACCGCUACUGGUUCCGCCUCAAAGGAGACGUCCUCGCCUACUACCGCGAAUCCUCCAACCUCUACUUUCCCAGCGGCCAGGUCGACCUACGCUACGGUAUUUCCGCCAGCAUCACCGACAAGGACAAGGAGGGGUUACAUUUCACCGUAACUACUAGCUAUCGCACUUACUACUUUCGCGCCGACAGCGCCCCGAGCGCCAAGGAAUGGGUCCAGAGCCUCCAGCGCGUCAUAUUCCGUUCCCACAACGACGGCGACAGCGUCAAGAUCUCCAUGCCCAUCGACAACAUCAUCGAUAUCGAGGACACUCAGAUGUUGCAGUUCGCCGACACGUGUAAAAUACGCGUCAUCGACAAUGACGAGACCUUCGCCAUCGAUGAGUACUUCUUCUCCUUUUUCAGUUUUGGCAAGGAGGCCAUCAGCGUCCUCAGAAUCCUCUUUGAAGACGCCUCGGCCCGACAGAAGAAAGAUGGAACGAAGAUAGAAGCCCUCGAUGAUGGGACACCCGGGGCAACCGCAUCUGGGCAGCCGUCUGGUCAACCAUCUGAUCAAUCUGCGGGCCGACCAUCGUUAUCCAUGACCAAACGGCGAAGCGUCGGCCCCGGCCAGAUCAGGACGGCACGGCUUCCCGAACCCGUCAAGGCGACACUGAGCCCUAUGGCCUCAGCCAGUCCCAACGCGACAAGCCCUCGUCCGAGCCAGGACGCGCGGCGGGGUAGUUUCGACGCCCUUCGUGGCAGCCUCGACCUACUGAAGGGCCUUGGUCGGAGAGGGAGCGCUGACAUGUCGAGCGUCACCCGCGACCGCUCUCCCCGGACUUUUAGCGGAAGCCGGUCAGUGAGCAGGCACCGCUUCGAGGACAUGUCGGCGUCCGCGUCCGCGCCUAUGCCGUCAUCCCCAAUCCCGGACAAGAACGAGUCAUCCGACUCCUUUGCGAGGUCUUCCAUGGAGGAUCCGAGCUACUCGGCUCUCGGCGUCUCGUCGGUCGAAGACCCCUCGGCCAGUCAGAUCUUACAGCGCAGCGACGUCUUCCAGAGCCCGACCAUCGGUCGGCACGACUCGGCCUCUAGGCAAGAUCGGCAACGCCCUCCGCUUGCAGCACAGCACAGGUCGGCGAGCACCCCGGCUCCUCCGCCGGCGCUCGCCACCCACGCCGGUCAGCACGCCGAAGCGUCCGGCGCCCCGACCCUUCAGACCAUCACCCAGAUCGGGACGUUCCCCCUCCAGCGCGUGGGUGCCUUUGCCGAGUACCUAAACCGGUCGAGCCGGCGGAUGAGCUCCCUCAUAGCUGCCGAGUCCAUGGGUUACGUCGAGAAGGUCUCGGGCAUGUGGAAGGGCGGACGGAAGCACUACGACGCACCGACAGAGAUGAGGGAAGAAGACGAGGACCUGUACGAAGACGGCGAAGGGAACGUGCAGCAGUCGACGGAGCGCUUCCGCGCGCAUUUCGCGCUGCCCGAGACGGAGAAGCUGCAGGCGACGUAUUUCGGCUUCCUCUUCCGCGUCCUCCCGCUCUACGGCAAGCUGUACUUGAGCGACCGGUCGCUGUGCUACCGCAGCCUCCUGCCGGGCACGCGCACGAAGCUCAUCCUCCCGCUCAAGGACGUGGAGAAUGUGCACAAGGAGAAAGGCUUUCGGUUCGGCUACUCGGGUCUGUGCGUGGUCAUUCGCGGCCACGAGGAGAUCUUCUUCGAGUUCAGCCAGCAAGACGCGCGCGACGACUGCUUCGGCGCGCUGCUGAAGAGCAUCGAGCGGUUCCGUUUCCUGGACAGCUCGGGCACCAUCAGCCGCGAGGACACGCAAGACGCCGAGUUUGCGCUGGCCGAGCGGCAGGCGCUCAAGGAGGCCAGGCAGGAAGAGUUCCCCGACCACGAGAUCGAGCUCCCGCGGCAGACGACGUCGGACUGCCGCGAUGCGCCCACGAUCCUCUACGACGACCCGAACGACUCGCUCCUCCGGUACAAGCCGCCGCGGCCGCUGCGGAUCACCUGCCUGACGAUCGGUUCGAGGGGUGACGUCCAACCGUACAUCGCGCUGGCCAAGGGCCUGAUGGCGGAAGGCCACCACGUGCGCAUCGCGACGCACGCCGAGUUCCGGGGCUGGGUCGAGGGCCACGGCAUCGAAUUCGCCGAGGUGGACGGCGACCCGGCCGAGCUCAUGCGGCUGUGCAUCGAGAACGGCGUGUUCACGUGGUCGUUCCUGCGGGAAGCCAACUCGAUGUUCCGUGGCUGGCUCGACAGCCUGCUGGAGUCGGCGUGGCGGGCGUGCCAGGGGUCGGAUCUGCUGAUCGAGAGCCCCAGCGUCAUGGCGGGCAUACACAUCGCCGAGGCGCUCGGCAUCCCGUACGUCCGGGCGUUCACCAUGCCGUGGACGCGGACGCGGGCCUACCCGCACGCGUUCGUCAUGGGCGAAUACCGGAUGGGCGGGGCCUACAACUACAUGACGUACGUCAUGUUCGACAACAUCUUCUGGAAGGCGACGGCGGGCCAGAUCAACCGGUGGCGCAACGAGACGCUCAAGCUCCGCAGCACGAGCCUGGAGAAGAUGCAGCCGAACAAGGUCCCGUUCCUGUACAAUUUCUCGCCGUCGGUGGUGGCGCCGCCGCUCGACUACUCGGACUGGAUCCGCGUCACGGGGUACUGGUUCCUCGACGAGGGCGCCGACUACAAGCCGCCGCAGGACCUGGCCGACUUCAUCGCCAAGGCGCGGGCGGACGGGAAGAAGCUGGUCUAUGUCGGGUUCGGAUCCAUCAUCGUCAACGACGUGGCCAAGAUGACGCAGGAGGUGAUCGACGCCGUGCUCAAGGCCGAUGUGCGCUGCGUCCUCUCCAAGGGCUGGUCGGACCGGCUCGCAAAGAACGAGCGGCAGCCGCAGCCGCAGCCGCAGGACGGCCACGAUAACGGCGACAGGAGCACCGACGAGGACGAAAAGGAUCCAAAGUCGGGCGGAGCAGCGGCAGCCAGGCGCGAGGAGCCGGUCAUACCGCCGGAGAUCUUCGUGAUCAAGAGCGCGCCGCACGAUUGGCUGUUCCGGCAGAUGGACGCGGCGGCGCACCACGGAGGAAGCGGCACGACGGGGGCGAGCUUGCGGGCGGGGAUCCCGACCAUCGUCCGGCCGUUCUUUGGCGACCAGUUUUUCUUCGGCAGCCGAGUGGAGGAUCUCGGCGUCGGCAUCUUUCUGAAGAAGUGGGGGGCCAUGACGUUUGGACGUGCGCUCUGGGAGGCCACGCAUAACGAACGGAUGAUUGUCAAGGCGAGGGUUCUCGGAGAGCAGAUUCGCAAGGAAAACGGCGUGGAAACGGCGAUACAAUUCAUCUACCGAGACCUCGAGUACGCGCACAGCAUCAUUCAGCGCAAGGCGGGCAAGAACAAGACGGAGGGCGAGAAGAAGGAGGCGGGAGACGGCGAGGGCGGACUCGGUGGCGGUAGCGGUGGCGACUUGUCGGAGGCCGAGGAAGAAGAGAGCUGGACAUUUAUCGGAGCGGACGAACCGGACCCGGAGAUGGUGACGAAGAGACUUUCGGAGAUGCCCUCCACGGCUGGCGGAGGUGGUGUCCCGGGGAUUGGCGCGCUGGCCCUGGGGGGUCGGCCGAAGACGCUGGGACGUAGGGUGCUCAGCGGAAGUCGUGGCGGCGGCUGUGCUGGAGCGUAA